UCCCACACACACGCACGAAGAAACACACGCGAUGCUAACUGUGGCUAACAACUUUAGCUCACGGGCGCGUCGCUGUCAGCUACUGUUGAUGAAGCUUGUUAGCAUCUUGGCUAACACGAGCUAGCUCCAGUCACUGCUGGUUCUGGUUCUGAGCUGCAGUCACCCUGCUUAACGGUUGCUAACCUACCAGAAGCAUGAAGGCCUUGAUCCUGGUGGGGGGGUACGGGACCCGGCUGCGGCCGCUCACCCUGAGCGUCCCGAAGCCGCUGGUUGACUUCUGCAACAAACCCAUCCUGCUGCACCAGGUGGAGGCGCUGGUCAAGGCCGGGGUGGACCAUGUGGUUCUGGCGGUGAGCUACAUGUCAGAGCUGCUGGAGAGAGAAAUGAGAAUCCAGGAGGAGAGACUCGGGAUCCGUAUCUCUUUGUCUCAUGAGACGGAGCCUCUGGGAACAGCCGGUCCUCUGGCGCUGGCACGAGAGCUGCUGGAUGUGGACAAGGAGCCGUUCUUCGUCCUGAAUUCAGACGUCAUCUGUGAUUUUCCCUUCAAAGAUCUUCUGCAGUUCCACCGCAACCACGGCAAGGAGGGAACUAUCGUGGUGACUCGGGUGGAGGAGCCCUCUAAGUACGGCGUUGUGGUGUUUGAGACGGAGAGCGGGAAGAUUCAUCGCUUCGUCGAGAAACCACAGGUCUUUGUCUCAAACAAGAUCAAUGCAGGCAUAUACAUCUUCAAUCCCAGCAUGCUCAGCAGGAUCCAGCUGAGACCGACGUCCAUAGAGAAAGAGAUAUUUCCUGUCAUGGCAGAGUCGGGGCACCUGUACGCCAUGGAGCUCCAAGGUUUCUGGAUGGACAUCGGUCAGCCUAAAGACUUCCUCACAGGGAUGUGUAUGUAUCUUCAGUCGCUACGACAACAGGCUCCUGAGAGGCUACACACGGGGCCCAGUUUCCUCGGCAACGUCCUGGUGGACCCAACAGCUAAGAUCGGGGAGAACUGCACCAUCGGGCCGAACGUGACCAUCGGUGCCGGCGUGAUCGUGGAGGACGGCGUCAGGAUAAAGCGCUGCACGGUGAUGAAGGGGGCGCGGGUUCGAUCGCACUCCUGGCUGGAGAGCUGCAUCGUGGGGUGGAGCUCCUCGGUUGGUCAGUGGGUUCGAAUGGAGAACGUGACGGUGCUGGGGGAGGAUGUGAUCGUGAACGACGAGCUUUACCUGAAUGGUGCCAACGUCCUGCCUCACAAAUCCAUCAACGAGUCCGUCCCAGAGCCGCGGAUCAUUAUGUAGCUGCAGGCGGGGGGGAAGAGCUCGCCGCCUUCUUUUUUUUAAUGAACUCAACUGAACGCCCAAGCUGUGCCAGAGAGAGAGGGAGGAACAGACGGGCAGAAGGAAGGAGGAGGAGGGGAAAAGGAACAAAUGAAGGUUGUUUUUUUUUUACUCUAUUUUAUUAAUUUAGCCUCUUUUGUUUGCCCUGCUUGGCUGCACCUUCCAUCAGUCUGAGCCGAUGGCGUUAGCAUGAUCGGCUGAAACGCAGUCUGGCCCGUCAGGCUGAUUCAAGUCGUUUCACCGCUUCAGGUAAAACACUCUCGUCCUGAAAGUGGCGGCUGGUGAACACUGCUUUAAUAAUAAAGGGGGUGAGGUAGGGGGGGCGGGGCUGGUGGAGGGACAAAUACUGAGGUUACUGAGAAUGUUAAGGGACGAGGGGGUUAGAGAAGGAUAUGAUCACUGCUGUUCAGAUUCACUAUGCAUUUACAUUUCCUGUAACGGAGACUGAAACCGUGGCCGAUGACACUGAGAUCAAUCAAAACGCUGUGUUGGUUAUAGUUAAAUCCACCAGGGCUGUCACUUUUAUUCACAUAUUCAAACUGCUUGUUGAAUUCAAAAUCUACAAUCCUAGAAGCGCAUCGGACCAUCUGAAGUAUUUUGCCCCCGUGAUCCAGCAGAGGGCGCUCACUAAAUCCACAUCAAUAAUGUGGAACUUCACUUCUUAACUUCACGGCUCUAAAAGCUAAACGUCAACAUGUCUGGUCUCCUGGUUUGAGCAGAACAAAGUGUCAACAUCUGAAGUUCUUGUGGUGAAUGAUGAAACACAGAGAAACGGCUUCAUACUGGAGUCGUCUUUGUUUCCGCCUGAAUGUAGUUCAAUCAAUUUUUAUAUAAGAAUUCUGUUUCGUCUUCGCCUCGGUGAACUUUUCUGUUCUUUCUUUGUAUCAUGUAAACUUUGCUUCAAUGCCAAACAAACUGCAUUUUAGAGUCAGACACUAACAAUACAAAAGGGAUAAAUUACCAUUUUUCCAUCAUGUUUUUCUGUUUGUUUUUUAAAGCUUCACUCUUUACUCUUAGAAGAAUCCUGUCAUGAACUAAAUUGAUGAUUAAAAGCAUUAGGUCACUCAAAGGGGGAAAAAUUUCAGAUUUUGAGAAAAAUGUCAUGAUGAGAGAAGAUCAGUCUGUCAUCUGUAUUUAAUCGAGAAAUACGCUUCAGUAUAAGUUUCAUAAUUAACGUAAUACUUGAUCGUUUGUCUCAUCAGCACCAUUUUAUCAUAAGUAUCAGGACUUUGAAAUAGUCUCCUUUAGUGGAGGGGGAAACGUCUUUGAGGUUAUCGUUGGUUACAUCUCUGUCAUGUAUAGAUUUCAUAAUUCCUCAGGAUAUUAAGAAAAUAGUUCUGUUUUUUUUGGGCCCUAAAACUCUGUCGUGCUUUGACCCUGAAUGUCUGGACCACACAUCAGGGCCAUUCAAGUAUUUUACUGAGCGACACGAAUAACAGUCUGUUCGAACCAGAUUUCACUCAAAUGAAGGUUUACAUAUUCACCUCGUCUCUUGUAAGAACCAAUCAUUUUUUAAUGUUUAACUGAAAUGAUGUCGAGUGAAACGAGUCAUUGAACAUCUCCAGCAGAAGGUUUUCUGGAGCGCAGAGGUCAGAUCGGAUGUUUCCUCCAUGUGGAACAAAGCAGCCGGUGAUUUCAGCUGCCAGACACUGAACUGAUCUCUGAACACGAUGCACUGGUUCUAUGCUCGUUAGUGAUUAAACAGUAUUUAGGUUACUGAAGACUUUGUGUCUGAAUGAAUAAAGUCAACUCUUGUAAUAAAGUCUUUUUUUAAAGAGAAUAAUAUAAUCUACUGACAUUCA